CCUUGAACUGGUGGAGGAGCCUACUUUCACAUCAGUGCUACAGAUCUGGUGGGGCGGGGGGUCUGGCUGUAAGGACAUUCGUCCGAGGCUUUCCGGUGAAACGUAAGUCGGACUUGAGCGUUUGCUCACCGGUUAUUUCCGAGCCUGCAUGUGAUCCCGCCGGUUCGGCUUCCUGACGUCAGUUUUUAAGGGAGCAUCAGCGGCAGAGCGGCUGGCAGACAGCAGGGCUGGAGGGAAGAGAGGCACAGGAACAGAGGAAAGGAAACGCUGGAGAAGCAGAUGAGGAUGAUCUGAUUUCUCGUUUAGAGCGCAUUCUGUGACUGGACGCAGCCUGAGGUGAAGAAGGACCACUGAGUCCUGAGACAGCAGGGAUAUGGGGAAGGACUACUACAAGACCUUGGGAAUCUCCAAGGGAUCCAACGAGGAUGAGAUCAAGAAGGCCUACCGACGCAUGGCGCUCCGCUUUCACCCUGACAAGAACAAGGAUGCCAACGCAGAGGAGAAGUUCAAGGAAAUCGCAGAGGCGUAUGAGGUCCUCAGCGAUCCCAAGAAAAGGGUCAUCUACGAUCAGCUGGGAGAGGAAGGUUUGAAGACAGGAAGCAGCAGCUCGUCCGGUGCUCCUGGCAGCUCAACUUACCACUACACUUUCCACGGGGACCCCCACGCUACCUUUGCAUCUUUCUUUGGCGGCUCCAACCCCUUUGACAUGUUUUUUGGCUCCAACCGCAGCCACAGCCGCUCCAAUGGUUUCUCCUUCCAUAACGACCACAGCAACGGAACAGAGCAGGACACAGAAAUGGACGAGGAUGAUCCUUUUGCUCAUUUUGGAAGGCAGUUCGGUUUUCCUGGUGGAUUGAACAAUGGUUUUCCAGCUGAGGGCCGCAGGCGGAGAGGCGCUCCAUCGGAGCGUUUGGGGACCAGCCGUAAGCAGCAGGAUGCUCCAGUGGUCCACGAGCUGAAGGUCUCGCUGGAAGAGAUCUUCCAUGGCUGCACCAAGCGCAUGAAGAUCACCCGCCGCAGGCUGAACCCUGACGGACGGAGCAUGAGGACAGAGGACAAGAUUCUCAACAUUGUCAUCAAGAAGGGUUGGAAGGAGGGCACCAAGAUAACUUUCCCAAAGGAGGGGGAUGAGACCCCUGAGAACAUUCCUGCUGAUAUAGUCUUCGUCCUUAAAGACAAAGGGCAUGCCCACUUCAGGAGAGACGGUUCCAAUAUCAUUUAUAACUGCAACAUUAAUCUGAAAGAGGCCCUGUGCGGCUGCACUGUUAGUAUCCCCACGCUGGAAAACCACGUCAUCUCUCUCCCCUGUCAUGACAUCAUCAAGCCAGGGACAGCGAAGCGGCUCAGAGGGGAAGGCCUGCCUUUCCCAAAGAACCCGUCUCAACGUGGUGAUCUCAUCGUGGAAUUUUCUGUCCGUUUUCCUGACAGGAUCCCUCCUCAGUCCAGAGAGAUAAUCAGACAGCACCUCCCUCAGUCAUAGGAACACACUUCUGGUUUCCUAUCAGCAAAACGACACACCGAUCACAGAAAACAUUACCCACAAUGCUGCUGUUGCAGUCGCCCUUCUCAUGUCCUGUGUCUGAGCAUGCAGAGCAGAUGGUGUGUGUGAACUUUACUACAGGAGGAUGAGGAAUGCCAGCAGGUCAGGCAGGAUCAGGAUUGCAUUUAUCCAUAUUUGUUUUGUCCUUUUACCCAAGCACACACACACACACACACACAUCAGAAAUUCAGAGCUCAGCACAACUGCAGCUGUAACUGGACCUUAUUUUCUUACCUGUUUUCUACAGAUUUGUCAAAGGUUUUAUAAGCUGUCCAGCUCUGAUCCUCGUCUUUUUGUGAAAGGUUGAGGUAUUUUCCUAAAAGCGAUGUUUUCCUUUCCAAAAAUCUUCAAAAAGAUUUUGUUUUAUUAUUAUUAUUAUUAUUACAUUGGGAGUUUCCAUGUUUCCUGCCCUUUAGAACAUAAUGCUUGAAGUCUGCAAGUUCUUUCCCCAAAAAGAGUUCACACUUAAAGUUCUACAUUGCAUCACAGUUUCUUUUAUCUUACCUCUGCUGAAACGAAUAAUCUGGGAAUGACAAUCACACACUGUAACAGCAGCCAUCACAAUCUGUCUCUAACAAUGGGUGCUUUUCCCUUCUGAGCUGCUCGGCUGCUAAUAAGUGAUAAAGCCCGGCUCAGUUUCUAAGGGACGUAUUGGUGCCUUAGCCCAGAGCCUGAUCACACAGGUCACACUGUAACUUAUAAACAAAAACAGCCAUGUUUAGUGCACAACAAGCUAGGACCUGUGCUGGAACUGAUGGUUUUACAGUUUAUAUCGUACUGUAAUGGAAGCCAGGAUCGGGUUUUUGUCAGUUUUUCUUCAACGUAAAAGGUUUUAAAAGUACAAUUUAAAUUUCCCAGAGGGAAACAAGUAUGGCUUUACCUUUUAAAAUUAAUAGUCGAGGUUUACUCUGAUGGAUCCUGCUUUGCUGUGUACCUCUCUCUCUUGUGGCUUUUUAUAAAGCAAUGUCUUGGUGCUAAUGUGAGCGGUGCCAAAAAUGAACCACACAGGCUUCUGGGUUUUUUUGGUUUCAUCUUUGUGAUUCAUAUCAGCUUCUGUAACAUCUGUACAUUCAACGUGUAUCAAUCAGAUGAGAAACAGUAAAAAGUAUGUACGAGCAUGGGUUACACAGGAAACUCUUGUAGGUCAUAUACAGUAUGCGUAUUUUAUUUUUCACAACGAUUUAGAUUAAUUAUAAAUACACUUUUAGGUUGUAAAGAUGCUGACAAAACACCGAGAUGAUGGGAGAGACGUGAACGUGGGUUUGUCUGAGUGUGAUUGUUCUGUCCUGACUCAGAGGACACUAAAGCGUGGCUGCAACCAGAGUGCACAAGUGCUGCUGCUGAAAGACUCGCUGUCACUGCUCAUCUGCAUUUUAAGACAGUGUUUAUGAACUUUUAAUAAUGAGACAAAUAAACCAAACGUGUGAAAUUAA